CUUUUCGAGAUCUGCGCCGCUGUUGCUGUCCCCACUCGGCCUCCCCUCUCUCUCCCCUUCUUCCAGACCCUUCCCUUCUUCCGCUCACCCACGCGGACGCCGGCUGCCCCCUUCCCUGACUGACCCCCUCGAGGCCCCUCGAUACGAUACUUCGGGUGUAGGGGAGCAUGCGGAAGAAAGGGCGGGCGGUGCCGGAGUGGCUCAACAGCCCAAUUUGGUCCGCUACCCCGCCCGCGCCCGCCCAGCCGGACCCCUACGGCGCCGACCUCGCUCCGCCGCCACCCCCAAAGCCGCCGCCGCCGCCAGCUACUGCCUCUCCCGUACCGCCGCCGCCGUCGUACGAGCAGGCCGUAGGGGUGGGUGGUGGCCGGAGGGAGGAGGAGGACGACGAGGGCGCCGGGGCGGUGAUACGGGCACACCUGCUCUCCGACUUCAAGGCCGCGCUAUCGAAGAAGGUGGUGAACAUGGGAGAGCUGCGGCGCUUAGCCUGCCUCGGCGUCCCCGACGGCGGUACUGGUGUCCGACCCGUCGUCUGGAAGCUUCUUUUGGGGUAUUUGCCAACUGAUCGUUCCUUAUGGACUUAUGAGUUAGAAAAGAAGCGGAGUCAAUAUAGUGCAUACAGAGAAGAGUUUCUUCUAAAUCCUUCAGAAAAACUACGAAUGAUUGAGGAAACAAAGCUGUCAAGAAAGAAAGACACAAGUAUUGAGAGGAUUGGCUUUCUUUCGAGAUUCGAAGUUACUAAUGAAGAGCAUCCUUUAAGCUCUGGUAAAUCUAGCCUGUGGAACCAAUAUUUUCAGGAUUCAGAGUUACUAGAACAGAUAGACCGAGAUGUAAAGCGAACACAUCCUGAUAUUUCAUUUUUCUCAUCAAAGUCUAACCAGGAAUCCUUGAGGAGAAUUUUAAUUAUAUUUUCAAAAUUGAACCCCAGUAUAAGAUAUGUGCAAGGGAUGAAUGAAGUUUUGGCACCUUUAUUUUAUGUAUUCAAGAAUGACCCUGACCCAAGCAACUCAGCGUCAGCUGAAGCAGACGCAUACUUUUGCUUUGUCGAAUUGUUGAGUGGCUUUAGAGACAACUAUUGCAAGCAUCUUGACAAUAGCAGCGUGGGUAUUCGAUCUACACUUUCAAAAUUAUCACAACUCUUGAAGCGACAUGAUGAGGAACUAUGGCGUCACAUGGAGGUCACCACAAAGGUUUACCCACAAUAUUAUGCCUUUAGAUGGAUCACACUGUUGUUGACGAUGGAGUUCAGCUUUAACGUGUGUAUACAUAUCUGGGAUGCUAUCUUGGGUGAUCCAGAAGGCCCAUCGGACACAUUGAUGAGGAUAUGCUGUGCCAUGCUCAUCCUAGUCCGAAAGCGUCUCUUAGCUGGAGACUUCACCGCCAAUGUCCAGCUGCUGCAACAUUACCCAGCCACCAACAUCGAUCACCUCCUCCACAUCGCCAACCGGUUGAGAGGAACUGUACCCGGCUAGUGUUUUGUUGCCUUUCCUGCAUACCUGUACUUCAGUUUUGCCCAUGUGACCUUCGUCUGGUUAAGUCGCUAAAUGCAAUGUUGGUAGCUUGAAAUAUCACUCUGCUCCUUGUGUUCUGUUUUGCCUGUUUCGGUGUGGCCGGAGCCGGACGAUGAAUAUCGGAGACACUUCAUGUGUCACAGCUCUGAGUAGCGCUUCUGUUUUCAUUCACAUGGAAACACACUAUUGGAGCUCCUUCCAGCUUGUAGUACCUGGGAAAGGGAAGAAUGGAUGCAUUCCUGAAUUGUGAAAACUGAAUAUGGGUUCUGCUGGAUACGCUCCUCUGUACCAAAAGUCAUAUCCUUUGUAGUGUACUCUUUUAAUGCUUUAUGAAUUAGAGUAUGUAGAAUGACUUUUGCAAGAACUGAAAAUAGGAAUUGCUGUGCAAAGUUAUUUUGUCUUGAUGACAUUUGUUGUGAAACUGGUGCCAAAUUUCUUGUCAUAAAAAUAUCUAGUGAGAGUUGGGGUGGUUGUUUU